AUGGAGGAAAUCUGGAAGCUGGCGGCUGACAAUGUGGAAAAAGCACAAGGAAUCAUGAAGUCACAAGCCAGCAAGCACCGUCGCGAGCUAAACUUUGGGGUUGGGGGCAAGGUUUUUCUAUCCUUCAAGAACUAUAGAAUACAGCGACCCAGCAGAAAGCAUGCAGACCAAAGUGAAGGCCCUUUUGAGAUUAUCGAGAAGAUUGGCAACAGCUACAAGCUAGAACUACCUGACAGCAUGAAGAUUCACCCAGUAUUCUCCCCUGACAAGCUAAGAAAAGCUGCGGACAAUCCUUUACCAGGACAAGUGAAUGUGACCCCGGAUCCAGUCAAGAUAGAAGGUGAAAUGAAUGGGAGGUUGAGAAGGUGCUCGCGAGCCGCAUCUCCCGGGGAAAACUUCAAUACCGGGCAGGACCCAAAACGACUAAGCAAUUGGCUGGAGGCUUGGGAAAAGGAUGACUACCUAGCAGAUGAAGCAGAUGAUUUCUUACGGGCAUGA